AUGUUGCCAGCUAAGGACUCAAUUGUGCUAUUGUUUUGGGAUGAUAUAACUUUAGGUGCUUAUGGAUCUGCCGUUUUAUGUCGUAGAAAGUGCGAUAAUUCUGAAAUUAUUUUGAAGCAAAUCCCUAUGAUUGACUUAAACGCAUCAGAAAGGCGGUUAGCUAUUAAUGAGGUCAAUGUUUUAUCCAUGCUUAAUCAUCCAAAUAUUGUACACUAUCACGAUAGCUUUGAAGAAUCUGGCAUGCUAAUUAUUGAAAUGGAAUACGCAGACGAUGGGACACUACAACAAUAUCUAUCACAAGCGAAUGAAGAAUUAGAUGAAAGAGAGAUAUUACAUAUAUUUAAGCAAAUUGUAUCUGCACUUCGUUAUAUUCACAGCUAUAACAUCUUGCAUAGAGAUUUAAAGACCGCCAACAUAUUUCUUAUGAAAGAUGGUACCGUAAAAAUGGGAGAUUUUGGUAUUUCUACUGUGUUAUCAGAUACUGCGAAAGAAGCAAAAACUGUCUUGGGUACACCAUAUUAUAUUUCUCCAGAAAUGUGUGAAAGUAAGCCUUACGAUGAUAAAAGUGAUAUCUGGGCAUUAGGAUGCAUACUGCAUGAAAUGGCAAGUCUUCAGAAAACUUUCGAAGGUUCUAAUCUUCCAGCUUUAGUUAAUAAAAUUAUGAAGGGUACUUUUUCUCCAAUUAGUAGUCAUUAUAGUGCAGGACUUUCUAGUCUUAUUUCUGAUAUGUUGCAAAAAGAUCCUAAAGUUCGCCCAUCAGCAAAUGAGAUAUACUAUCAAAGGCUGCCUGAGAUCGAGCGUAACUUUGACCCCAAUGAAUUCGAGGAUGAUCAAAUAUCUUGUAUGUCAGAUUCUGCCGCUGGUAAAAGGAAAAGGUAUAUUAAUUUAAUAUUAACGGCCAUCGCUGGCAGCCUACAUAUUUUUUAUUCAUCGGUAUUAUAUUGCCUUAAUUUAACUAAUAUAAUCAUGGACCAGUGCGAUUUACCAAGUCGAAAAUGUUUCAUUCAGCUUGCGGUUGGUAGCUCUCACGUCGUAGCCAUUUCAUCGGAUAGAACAGCAUAUAGUUGGGGAAAUGGUUGUAUGGGGCAAUUAGGUCAUGGUAAUCUUAUGAGCUAUGAGAGACCAACAAUGAUCGAAAAUUUGAAGGGAAAAUCCAUCUAUAGAGCAUGCUGCGGUAACCGCUUUUCGAUAUUUCUUAGCGAAAAUGGAAUAAUUAUGACCUGUGGAGCUGGUAAUUCUGGCUGUUUAGGACAUGGUGGAUGGACACCGUAUACAAUACCUCGCUUAAUUGAAUCACUCUUAAGCAAAGAUAUUUCUAGCAUCUCUUGUGGAAACGAACAUGUUAUGGCUUUAACAACUGAUGGAACGGUCUUUACUUGGGGGACGGGAAGUUAUGGUCAACUUGGAUUAGGGGAUGAAGAUGACAGGUAA